AUGGAAGGUGAAAACCCAUUAUUUAACAUCAUCAAGGCGAGAUUUGCAAGGCCGCCAUGGGUUUUUCUGUUGCUUAUCGUCACAGUGGUAACGAUUCUCGGCCUUCAGAUCACGAAGAAUACCUCGUUUCCAAUCGAGUCGGUAACCGAACGGGCUGGUUUCACGGGUCCGGGUGGACCCAAGACUUGCUCCGGGUUUUUCACGGAGGUCCAGCCGAGAAAGAUGGUGAAAUCAAUCAUUCGGUUUGGUGGGGUGGGCGAUGGGAAAACUUCUAAUACUGCUGCGUUUCGAAGGGCCAUGGAGUACAUGGAGAGCUUCCGGCAGAAAGGUGGGGCCCAGUUGAAUGUUCCGAAAGGAAGGUGGCUAACAGGAAGCUUCAAUCUUACCAGUAAUUUCACUCUGUUUCUUGAAGAUGGUGCUGUUAUCUUGGGAUCUCAGGACCCUGAGGAAUGGCCCAUCAUCCAGCCAUUGCCUUCUUAUGGAAGAGGGAGAGAGAGGUUAGGAGGGAGACAUAUUAGCCUCAUCCAUGGAGAUUCCCUUACCAAUGUUGUGAUUACAGGGAAUAAUGGCACUGUUGAUGGUCAGGGAAAGAUGUGGUGGGAUCUUUGGUGGAAUAGGACUCUAAAGCACACCAGAGGUCACCUUGUUGAACUCAUCAAUUCAAAUAAUAUCCUAAUCUCCAACCUAACUUUCCUUAAUUCUCCAUUCUGGACUGUUCAUCCCGUUUAUUGCAGCAAUGUUGUGAUCAAAGACAUGACAAUCUUGGCACCCCUCAAUGCUCCAAAUACUGACGGCAUAGAUCCAGAUUCGAGCACAAAUAUCUGCAUUGAAGAUUGUUAUAUUGAGAGUGGUGAUGACCUGGUAGCCGUGAAGAGUGGCUGGGACCAAUAUGGCAUCACCACGUCACUUCCAAGUGUAAACAUCACUAUAAGGCGAGUUUCAGGCACAACUCCUACGUGUUCAGGUGUUGGAAUUGGUAGUGAAAUGUCCGGUGGAGUUAGAAAUAUCGUUGUAGAGGAUUUAUACAUAAGAGAUUCAGCAGCCGGGGUGCGAAUAAAAACUGACAAGGGAAGAGGAGGGUAUAUAAGGAAUAUCACUAUGCGUAACAUAACGAUGGAGAGAGUCAAGGUACCUAUAAGGUUUAGUAGAGGUGCAAACGACCACCCCGAUGAGAAAUUUGAUCCUAAAGCCUUACCAAAAGUUCAAGGGAUUUCUAUAGUUGAUGUGGUUAGCGUGGAUUCAAGGAAAGCUCCCUUGCUACUGGGUAUAGAAGGUGCACCAUUUGAGGAUAUUUGCAUGAAAAAUGUUAGGAUACAAGGUUUAUCCUCGUCUAUAAGCUGGAACUGUGAGUUUGUCUCAGGUUUUAGUGAAGGAGUGUUCCCAGUGCCAUGUUUAGAGUUGCAGAAAAAUGGCUCCUCAUCACGGUGUUUAUAUUCUUAA